GCGUUUCCAAUGGUCUUUGUCCUUUUGGGGAGUGAGACAGAGGAAACGUAUUGUGAGUUAUUCGCUGUGAUACGCAAUAUUCUAUCUUUGAAUUAUGAUGGAAUCCGUUUUGUUACUGAUUAUGAGCGUGCUCUUAUGAAUGCUGUCCAGCAAAUCUUCCCUAACAGUAACUUACUAUGCUGUUGGUUCCAUUAUACUCAGUCGGUUGUUAGAUAUUGUCACCGAAAAGUGAAUGGUGUCUUGAACUUGGUGAAGAGGCAUGAUGUGGCAGCUCGUAAUUUCAGAGUGGUACUAGCAUUGCCUCAUCUACCGGCUGAAAGUGGUCAUCUGGGGUGCCCUAAUUUUUGUAUGGAAGAUAGAUUAAAUACGAUUGUUAAUUAUACCUUUCAGUUUCCUGAAAUUAAUGAGGUUAUAAAUCGUUUCCUGAUGGACUACAUUUAUCAUUAUUGGUUUUUGCAAAUUGGUCCACGAUUUUUAAGUGUUUUUGGUCAAGAUCACCGGACCAACAAUUACUUAGAAUCCUUCCAUGCAACGUUUCUCACUCAAAUUGGACGCCACCCUAAUAUUUGGGUCUUUCUUCGCGAACUGACUAUUGUGGAAAAUCAGUUCUUUGUAGAAUUUCAACAAAGCAUCAAUAAUCGCAUGAUCAGAGAUGGCACUUCUAGAUCUGAAAGAGAAAAUUCGACAAGGAUUAUUGCAGAAUUUGUACAGCAACUAAUCAGAGACGGUGAUCUAUUGAUGUUUUUGAGGAGGACCGGUCACCGAAAUGAUGGCUAUGUUCAACAACAAAUUGGAGCCUAUCCCUGAGUAAGUUGUAAAUUU